AGUGGCGCCGCCUCAGGUAGUCAGGGAGCUCCCAGGCUGCAGCUGAGGUGGACGCUGAGGCGGCUCCCACCCGGCUUGGGACAGGCAUGAAGAGCAGAGGCGCGGGCCAAACAAGUAACAGAAGGGAGACACGCGGACGCCAGGACUGGGAUUCGUUGGUCCUUACACUUGGGCCGAUAAUUCAAGCGUGGAAGGGACACUGAACAUUCAGGCUUUUAAUGGGACGCGGGGCUGCGAGCGGCAAGCCAAGCUCCAGUGCCGUCUGCAUUGCUCUCCUCACAUAGAGACCACCGAUGGAAGGGAACGCCCCCGAAGGUACGGGUGCUGUGCACGUGCCUUUUGGGUACGUCGUAGCCAGUGAGAAAUGGCGGGGAUCGCAGCUGGCGCAGGAGAUACAAGGGAAAAUUAAGCUCGUUUUUGAGGAUGGCGUGGCACCGGUAGACUUUUACCUCUCUAACAGAGCUGGCAUUCUUUAUAUCACCGAAGCUGAUUUGGUGGCAGGCAACAGCUACAGAAAGAGGCUUGUUCGGGUUAGAAACUCCAGUAACCUAAAAGGGAUUGUGAUAGUUGAGAAGACGCCGAUGAGUGAACAAUACUUCCCGGCCAUACAGAAGUUCACGGUGCUGGACCUUGGGAUGGUGUUGCUCCCAGUGGCCAGCCAGCUGGAAGCCUCCUGCCUCAUUGUCCAGUUAGUUCAAGAGCAAGCCAAGGAGCCUACUAAGAACCCUUUCCUCAGAAAGAAACGGACUCUGCUGUCUGAGCCCUACCUCCUCCGAACUGUGCAACAGAUCCCAGGAGUUGGAAAAGUUAAAGCUUCCCUGCUGCUCCAGAAGUUUCCCACUCUCCAACAGCUGGGUAAUGCUUCCAUCCCAGAACUGGAGCCGGUCGUUGGACAGGCAGUAGCACAGCAAAUCCAUGCCUUCUUCACACAGGCCAGGUGAUGAAUGGCCGUGUUUUCUCCUUCAGAUCACAAACUAUAGCAUUUCAUAUGUAAGUAAGAGAAGUGGCAGGUACCAUGGCAUCGCAGGUUAGACCUCCAUUUGGGAAGGCAGCAUCUUACAUCAGAAUUGUUUGUGUGCUGGUUGCUCCGUGCUGAUGUGCCUGGGAUGCAUCAGAGGAUGGCCCCAAGUACUUUGAUGCUUGCCACCCACAUGGAAGACCCAUAUGGAGUUCCUGUCUCUUGACUUUGACGCAGCCCUCAACCAGCAGAUGCAAG